AAAAGAGUAGCAUUACGGCAGUAAUUAAAGUGAGACAACUCCCACCCCCAGGACUGUGCUCACACAGCAGAGGGGCCAAUUUUGACCCCCCCAUCCUCCCAGCACCAGCUGAGUAUGGGCAGGCAGCUGUGGGUCAGGGCUGUGGGGCUGCCCCACACGCUCACAAGGAGCUUCAAGGCAAGUGCUGCCUGCAGCUCAGCACGCUGUGGCUCAUCUGUGGUACAGAGCAGCACUGCCUGUGGCACCAUGUAACAUGGCACAGCACAGCAUACAUGCUUUGUCCCAUAAAGGUUCUGUGCGCUGUGGAUGCUUUGUGCCCUGGCUGUCGCUGCCUGAACAAGACUGAAGUCUGCAGGGAAAUUUUAUUUCCUCACAGUGGCAGAAACUGUGGCCAAAUUCAGUUGUGUUCUGGAAGCAGGAGGUUCAGCAGCCCUGCUCACAGGACUGUUGGUCUGUGCCUGCUCCCAUCACCCGUGACUGUGACCCGCUGGUGGAGCAGGUUGCCAUGGCAACUGAUGAUUUCUGCUAUGGUACAGCUGCGUUCACCUUCUGGGCCCAGUUCAGCGUUGGAAAUUUCCAGUUAAAGCACUUACCUGUGAAACUGCACUGAGCGUUGGCAAGGGAGCACACACAGCCCAGGGAGUCCCAUGUCACCAGCACAGGCCAGCAGCAGGAAAGGUUAUGGUCCUUCCAACAAUGAGAGAGUGGACAAAAUUUGGCACAUCCAGGGAGGUUCCUGCAUCUCAGGAUCAGCCUGAAGGCUCCUGUAGAGAUCUGCCAGGGGCAAAAGAAACAACACCAGAGCUGACCAGCUCCAUCCAGCAGCUUCAGCAGGAGACAGAGGCCUGGCAGGCCAAGGUCCAAAGGCAAGCACAGGCACUGGAGCCACAGCAUGGGGAAGCCAGAGCAUGCCAGCACACACAGCAGGAAGAUCUGGACCCAGCUGAGGUGCUAGCCACGAUACAGGCAUUGCAGCUGGACCUGGACUUCUGCAGAGGCACAAACCACAAACAACUGGUCCAGCUGCAGGAGCAGGAGUGUGCAGCGGAGCAGGAGCACCAGGACUUGGUCAUUCUGAUGCAGGAGUUCCAGGCACUGUUGGGCAAGGUCAGUGAUGCACCCCUCCACCUGAAGGACCAGGCAGUGCAGACAGAGGUCACCUCCUACUUGGCGGGCCACAGUUAUUUUGACAUCAGCCAUGAUAUCCCACAGGAGAGCAGAGAGCUGCUCAAGCAGGGCAGGGCACACAGCACAAGGCCAGCAGAGGCACUGCCUUCUCUGCAGCUGGGGGCACAGGAGCAGAGUCAAGGCCUGCAGUACAGCCCAGCCCGGCUGCAGGAGCAGCUGGCAGCCACCCGGGCCCAGGAGCAACAGGGUCUGCAGCAGCUCAGCAGAACCAACGAGGCCAUCCAAGGCUUACAGAGAAAAGUGGCAGAGUUGCAGCAACAGCUUUGCUGGCAAGUGCAGGACAUGGAGAAACUCCAGGCAGAGCUGGCCCAAGCUCGGCAAGAGAGCACCAAACAGGCAGAAAAGAUUGCAGCCUACAAGACACAGAGGCACCAGCUUCAUCGGGAGCUGAGGAGGAUGCAGACCUUCAAGGAGCAGAGCAAACAGGAGACCUACUCCCUCCAGGAGAGGCUGCAGGAGCUGAGCAGCCUAGUCCAACACUGGCAGCAGCUACACCUAGACAGUGAGCAAACUCUGGCUCUGAGAGAAGAGGAGCUGGUUGUCUGCAAGGUGGAACUGGCUUUCCUUAAGGAAGAGCUCAGCAAGGUGACAGAGCGGGAGCAGGAUACAAGGAGGCAUUCAAGACACACUAGGUUGUACAGGGCAACAACCUGACAGCACCAGCCCUGCAUGAUUCUGCAGAGCUACCUCCACCAGGAGGUAGAGCUACCAGAGCUACCUCUUCCAGGACAAGAAGCAGUGCAAAACAAAGCAAGGAUCAGACUGACAACCUUUAAACAAAUAAAAUUCUUUCUGUUCUGUAAUAAAA